AUGACCAACUGGGAAGACAUUAGCAAGGCCAAGAUUGCUACCCGCGAGGCCAAGAUCCCGGCCGCAUGGCGCAUCUCGGCCCCCGCAAAGAACCUCAACGUCAUGGACGUGCCCCGCAGCUGUGGGAUCCUCACCGCGCGCGAACUCGAGAUCACCGAGACGCCGGCUGUCGACCUCGUCGACGCCAUGGUUGGCCGCAAGUAUACUUCCGAGGAGGUGACGACUGCUUUCUGUAAGCGUGCAGCCAUCGCACACCAGGUCACCAACUGCCUGACGGAGAUCAUGUUCGACGAGGGCAUAGCACAGGCUCGCACCAUCGACGAAGAAUACAAGCGCACCGGCAAGCCCAAGGGGUUGAUGCACGGCCUCCCCAUCUCGCUCAAGGACCAUAUUGGGGUUGAAGGGUUUGACGCCACGGUCGGGUUCAUUAGCCAUUGCAAUAAGCCUGUAUCCGAGGACGCAUUGUUGGUUUCGGCGCUGCGUGAUGCCGGCGCCGUGUUCUUCUGCAAGACCAACGUGCCGACCGGCAUGUUGAUGGGGGACACGUACAACAAUGUCUGGGGCCACACUGGUAACCCAUACAACACCGAUUAUGGGUCGGGCGGCAGCAGUGGCGGUGAGAGCACGCUACUGGCGAUGCGCGGAUCGCCACUUGGUGUGGGAUCGGAUAUUGGCGGCUCGAUCCGUAUGCCUGCCGCCAUCACGGGCAUUUAUGGGCUCAAGGGAGCGGCCGGUCGCUUUCCCAGCCUCGGGUGCAAGUCGGGCCUGCCGGGCCAGGAGGCUGUCAAGGGCGUGCAGGGCCCGAUGUCAGCCGACCUGUCGUCGCUCGAGCUGUGGUCCAAGGUUAUUGUCGCCGCCAAGCCAUGGGAGACCGACCCGAUGUGUUACCCCGUCGAGUGGCGCGACGACUUUACGCUACCCCGCCAGCUCUGUUUCGGCAUCAUGAUGGACGAUGGAGCUGUGCGUCCCACGCCGCCCGUCAAACGCGCUCUUCUGGAACUCAAAGCAGCUCUUGAAGCGGCAGGUCACAAGGUCGUGGAAUGGACGCCCUACAACCCCGUCGAGGGUCAACAGACCCUCCUCCGCUGCCUAACCGGUGACGGCGGCGGUAAGAUGUACGAGCAGGUGCGUGGUGGACCAUUCCCCGAACCGUGGGGCAAGGAUCUGGCCAUGUUUGAGGAGCGCUACAAUUCCUCCAAGACCGCCCCACCAACCGUUGGCCAGCUAUGGCAGAUUCAAGUCGACCGUAACGCCUACCUCCGCAAACUCCUCGAGUCCUGGGCCGCCACCAAGGAAAUCUCGGGCACCGGCCGUCCGAUCGACGGCCUCAUCAGCCCAUGCAUCGCAUUCCCCGCUGCGCCAAAAAACCGUUUCCGCCACUUUGGAUACACGGGUCUGUGGAAUCUCGCCGAUUUCGUCGGCGUCACUGUCCCCGUCACGUUCGCGACUAAGGACGACGUGGUUACUGAAACCAUCGAGCCGCGGUGCGACGAUGAAGGCGCCGUGUAUAAGAAUUACAAUGCGGACCAGCUCGACGGCAUGCCUGUUGGCCUGCAGAUUCUUACGCCGCGCCACACCGAGGAACGGGCGCUUGCGCUUGCGCGUGUUGCCGAGGCGGCACUCAAGACGCAGGAGACACCCAAGGCCGCGCUCUAG